AAUCAGAGCCCCCACUUCCUCCCGUUCGGCCAAUCAAAGGCCUCUGACGUCAUCGCCGAAUGGAUGCUCAGUGGCGCGCUUCUCCCGGAUUUACAGCGAAUUUCGUCAUUCCUUCAGUCUUCAGCGUGUCCUCUCCGCGGAAAGCAUCCGACUGAAGAGGAUAGGAGAGCUCGUUUUCGAAUCGGGAUCUUUAUUCACGUACGAGCCAAACCUAGACCAAAACGCCUUUUGAAGAUGCAGAGAAAUCUUCGAAUGAAACGGGAGUUAGCCUUGCUGCACCAAGAUCCUCCUUCAGGGAUUACAUGCUCAUGUACUGAUGAUGUUCAUAUGGACAAGCUCCAAGCAGAUAUUGUUGGAUGCAGUGGCACUCCAUAUGAAGGAGGCAUUUUCAAGUUACAAAUCAAGAUUCCAGAAAGGUACCCCUUCCAGCCACCAGAGGUUCAAUUUGUCACACCUAUCUAUCAUCCUAAUAUUGAUUCCACUGGUCGUAUCUGCUUGGAUGUAUUGAAAAUGCCGCCAAAAGGUUCCUGGAAGCCGUCACACAAUAUCGGCAGUGUUCUCACAUCCAUCCUCCUGUUGUUGAAUGAACCAAAUCCUGAUGAUCCCCUCGUCACGGAAAUAGCAGAGGAGUUCAAAUUCAGCAGAAUGGCAUUUGAAGAAAAAGCUCGGAGGUGGACAAAGCAAUAUGCAUCUCAGGAAGCUGCAGAAAGGUCCUCCCGAGUCUCUAUGGCAACGGCAAAGGGAGAUGUGGCAAAGUCGGCACCAGAACACGGUGUUGAGUGAUUUUUGCUUGAUAAUUUCAUUUGUGGAUGUGAUUGGUUUCUGAUUCACAUUGAUGGUUUGUGUCUCUUAAGUAUAAGGGGAAAAGUGCACUGCUGUGAUGCCUUGGACUGGUCAC